AUGCCAGCAGAGGUCGAUGACGUCUACCCGUGCACCGACCAAGGAGAAGCCUCAGACGGCAAAGAUCGACCUUUCGCGGAAGUGGACGACGCAAACUCACUAGACCAACGGAGGCGAAAGGCGGGAAGCUCGCCAGCAGGUGCCCAGCAGUACCAACAUAAAUGUCCCUUCGCGUGCCAGGUAGCAAGGCUGGCAACCAAGCAAGACUGCCGCUUGGCACUCAGCGAGGCGUCGACAGCUCCUCCUGCUGACAAAAAAAACAGCUACGCUGUCGAGGUACAGUGGAACACCCCUGGCCGUACGGCCCUGCGCUGCAACGGCGACGUCCAGGUGCCCUACCGGUUCCCCAUCACCGAGAAGCUCCACGAGGCCUGCGGCCGCUGCGCCCUGGACUGCGCCUCCCAGCAAGAGAUGAGACAGGCGCAAGUCAACCAGGCGGCCCAGGCCGGCUACGCGUGCGACUACCAGAACAAGCGCCUUCCCAUCGCCGUCCACGAAGUCCGCCACAAGGAGCUGGAAACGGAGCUGCAGGACAACCCGCACGGCUUCGCCCGCGGCGUCUGCCGGGGCGCCGUGGAGUGCGUCAACCUCGUGGACCACGUGGAGCACAACGACCCGACCGCAGCGGAAGCCACCAAGAGAGGCCAAAAUGAGGAGAUGUGGCUCAACAGCGAGGAAAUCAGAAGCAGCCUCAACGCGGAGCAGCACCUGUUCCUGAAGCUGGUCGUGGAGCGGGUGCUGGUCGAAUACAACCUGGUGGACGUGCUGGGCUACGUGCAGGGCAUCGACUUCGAGGUCACCGCCUUCCAAGCCACGAACGCAGCGGACGUCGGAGGCCUGACGCUGCACACGGCCUGCGGCCUCAACAGGGAGAAGGACUGCCUGGACACGGCCUGCAGACCGGACACGGCCCGCCGCAUCGCUUUCUGGCGCUGGCUCUUCAUAGACGAGGUGGGCAUGGUGAGCACGCGCCUGCUGGCGCAGGUGGACCUCCGCAUCCGGGGCGCCGUCCCCGCCGCGGCGCAGUGGAAGUACAACGACGGCGGCACGUGCUCCUCAGCGGCGAUUUCCGACAACUGCCACC